AUGGGUGAAGUAUUCGAAUAUUCUGAGUGCAAAGAAACGUUGGCCUUCAAUGGAAAGUCAAGCUCGUCUUUUACCGAUGCUACGCUGCAGACAUGCCGCGAGGUCCGAAACCUUCUAGGUAAAAAGACACAGGUUAUCUUGGACGGUCAGUCUUUGGAUCUAAGCUCUGUUGUGGCCGUUGCUCGACAUGGCUACAAUGUUUCCAUUACUGAGAGCCCAGAGGUACACCAAGUGUUGAAGAAGAGCGUAGAUCUUCUGAAUCAAAAGCUCACACGUGGUGAGAUUGUGUAUGGCGUCAACACUGGUUUCGGUGGUAGUGCAGACAGUCGAACAACCAACUAUAUUGCUCUCCAAAAGGCGUUGAUCCAACACCACAAUGCGGCAGUUUUGCUCCCCAGUGACCGAGGACGCGAGAGCUCUCACCUUUCCAGUCACCAUUCUUUGAAAAGCCAUAGCAUCCCUGUGCCAGUUGUCAGAGCCGCGAUGCUGGUUCGAUGCAAUUCGCUGCUGCGAGGUCACUCGGCCGUUCGAUCAGAGGUGAUCGAGUACAUCUGCACUUUUCUGCAAACCUCUAUGACUCCUGUGGUUCCUCUCAGGGGAAGUAUCUCGGCCUCAGGUGAUUUAACGCCGCUUGCAUAUAUCGCUGGGGCGCUCGAGGGAAACCCAGACAUCUCAGUUCACAAAUCUGACGGAGACAUCAUCGGUGCUGACCAAGCGCUCCGUGAAUUAAACCUGGAGCCUCUCGAGUUCGGCCCAAAGGAAGGACUCGGGCUGCUGAACGGGACGGCCUUCAGCUGCGGAGCGGCAAGCUUGGUUCUAUUCGAAGCCAAUCAGCUGGUCCUACUAUCCCAGCUCCUGACAGCCAUGGGUACCGAAGCGAUGAUGGGCAUGAUUUGUAAUUAUCACCCUUUCAUUGCCGCAACACGGCCCCACGAUGGGCAAGUUGAGGCCGCGAAAAACAUCUUCAACUUCCUGCUGGACUCCAAGCUAGCCACACCAGCUGGUCCCGAACACGACGGUCUGGCCCAGGAUCGCUACGCUCUGCGAACUUCCACGCAAUGGAUUGGCCCCCAAACCGAGAACAUGGCUUUGGCCCUCCAGCAGGUUCGGGCUGAACUAAACUCGACAACGGACAAUCCUCUCAUUAAUCCGGAAGACGGCAAUAUUUAUCACGGUGGCAAUUUCCAAGCUGCAGCGAUCACGUCCUCCAUGGAGAAAACCUUGGGCGUUAUGCAGAUGAUCGGCAAAAUGAUCUUCUCCCAGUGCUCUGAGUUACUUAACCCUACUUUGAGUAACGGCCUUCCUCCAAACUUGUGCAUGGACGACCCAAGUCUUUCCUUUGCAUUCAAGGGAAUUGAUAUCAACAUGGCAUCCUACACGUCGGAGCUCGGUUAUCUGAACCAUCCUAUCAGCAACCACGUUCAGUCAGCGGAAAUGCACAAUCAGGCCAUCAAUUCACUCGCAUUUAUCGGCUGUCGCUAUGCUGGAGAUGCCGUCGAAGUUCUGUCGCUUAUGACAGCAACCUACUUAUACGUGCUGUGCCAAGCUGUGGACCUACGUGUGCUUCAUGCCGAAUUCGUCAAAGCUGUACGCCCCGAGAUCGACGAAGCGACGGCGAGUACCUUCGCCGUCGCCCCUGCUCAUCUUGAGACGAUCCAAGCGACAAUCUGGGAGGAGCUCAUGCACCACUGGCGCCGGAACAGCACUAGCGAUCUUUGCGACCGCUGUGUGAAGACUACAAAUGGCUCAGUGGGUAUUCUUCUCGAUCACUUGCCAGCCGAUGCCGGUAUCUCGCAAGAAGGUGUCGCUCGGCAGUGGAAGAGUAGCGUCUCUGGUGCUCUCCGGCAAAGCUUUGAAGCCACCCGCAUCACGUUCCUUGCUAGCCCCACAACAAAGACAUAUCUUUGCACCACGUCCCAGAAAUUGUACAAAUUUGUUCGGGAAGAUCUCAAGGUACCACCUCACACCGGUAUUGACGCCCACCCAACAACCGAUAGAGAGAAUUCCAAAGGAAAGGAAUGCAUCGGCUCACAGGUGAGCAAAAUCUACACAGCGCUGCGAGAAGAGAGCUUCCGAGAUCUUUUGCUCAGUUGCUGGUAG